GUAAAAAUAGUAUUUACUCUUCUUAUGUAUAUGUAUGUAUAUAAUCUAUGUGUAUGCAUGUAUAUGUAUAUAAUAUAUAUAUCUGUACAUUGUCUUCCACUUCCUCGCCGCCCACCGCCGCGCCGACCUCCGCCGCACCAUCCUCACAACCUUCCCUUACCUCACAGAAACCCAUUUUCUCUAUCCUUCAAGGCUUAGAUCAUUCAAGAGAGAGAAGGCAUGUGGGUCAGAUGACGGCGAGAAGAACCCAGACGAUAUAGGAGCUAGAGUUGCCGGCGCCGGCGACGAGAUCCCCGGAUUCUGAGAGGAUCCUCGGCUGAGAUCGGGUCGGCGAUGAAGUGGAGGCCGACGAUGUGGGUCGGCGAUGAAGUCAAUCAGCGGCGUGAAGAUGAUCCCUCUGGUGACUCCGACCCCUUAGUUUGGCGACGGCAGGGAUGUCGCCGUUGAAGACGAAGACAGUGAUUCGGUCGAUGGUGGAGUUCGGCGAUGCUGGAGUUGACAAAGGUAACAGAUCCGGCAGCGGCGACGGAUCCGGCGGAGAUCACUGGUUCGGCCGGCUGUGAUGAUCUCUGGAGCCGGCGAAGAUGGAGAUGGCGGUUGAGACAGAUCCGGCCAGCUCUCCUUCAAUUCAUCCUCAUCUUCACAACAGCUCCGAAACUCUUCUUCAUCUCCUUCUAAUUUCACUUCCCUAGCCAAUUUCGCAGAAGAACCAACACCAAAUAUUGUUUGUUCCUCCAUUCCCAGCCACAAUUACCCUGUAACUAGAACACUUCAAGGUGUGAUUGAUAUCUAGCAAAACCCAUCAACAAAAACAAUCCAAAACUCAAAAAACUACAUCUUUUUCUCAAAGUCACAACAACAAAGAUUUUUUUCAACAGCUCAGCUCCUAUUUCUGAAUCAAAAUCUAAGCAAAACCCAUCAACAAAACAGUCUAGAACUCCGACUUUAGCCUGUGUAUCUAAGAAAAUCACUAAUUCCAUUAUCAAAUAAUGAUCUUUUGGCUACUUUUUAUUUUUUAUUUUAUUUUUUUUUAUAUCAAUAAUCUGUGAAAUACAAAUCAACGAGUAGAUCUAAAAUUCCAAAUGAUUUCCAGCUACACCUUACAAUCUAAAUUAGGAACUGCACAAACCAAAAACAUAAAUUACAGGGUCUUCGCAGCUCAACCUUAAGAAAUAUGAUUCUGGGUUCUUUAUUUGAGAUCGCCGUUGGCAGCUCCCCGGAGUCAGACCUGCGUGUAAUGUAUGUGUAUAUGUGUCUCUGUAUAUAUGUAUCUGUGUGUAUAUGACGAUGGAGUAUGGGUAGAGAGAGAGAGAGGAGCAAGGACGAUACCGGAGUUCCUGAGAGAGAGAAUGGACGGUGGUGAUCCCGGCCGUUGCGGUGGUGGUGGAGGAGGACCGGUGGUGAGGAUGGUUUUGGUAUAUUGUAUUCGUAUAUGGUAAGUAUGUAUGUAUAUUGUUUGUAGUAUUCGUACAUGGUAAAAAAGUAAGGUUUAACAGUUAUUGCUGACUUGGCGCUUCGUCAUCGCUGACAAAGCAAUGACAUGGCAAAAUUGGUUGACAUGGCUUAAUCCCAGCCAUUGGAUCCUCAGUGGACCCUCUCCGGUGAGAGGUGCCCAGGAGAUGAUUUUUGCCCGGGGUUUUGACCUUUGUGCAAGUAAUCCACGCAUAUAUGUGUAUAAUAUAUAUAUAUAUAUAUAUAUCAACUGUUCAAACAAUAGCGCCUAUCUAGAGAAUCAUUUCCUACUGAAGAAUUUCAAAUAAAAAACACAACUUCUCUGCAUGUAAGCGACAAGGAAGAAGACAGUCUGGAACUUUGACUCGGUCUCGUCCAUCAACAGACUAGACUUUGACGAUGUCAACCCUCGUCGCAAUCAGAGACAGCGUGACCGCCGACGUCGACGCCCUGUACUCUCCGGCGAAGGAGAAGGCGUCCAACAGAGGCGGCUACAUUGCCCGAUCGCCGCUCCUCCACCGCCGUCUCCGCCACUUUCUCGGCGGCGCGAAGGUCAAACUCCUCCUCUCUCUGUGCUUUCUCUGCGGCGUUUUCUUGUUCACUUCGAGACUCGGUUCGUUGAUGGGUUGGAACCCUCACUACCCUUCUUCGGUCUCUUCUCCAUCUCGGGGGGGCUAUACAGUGCUUAUCAACACAUGGAAAAGAAAUUCUCUUCUGAUGCAAUCUGUUGCUCAUUAUGCAUCCUGCAGUGGUACUAAUGCAAUACAUGUAGUGUGGAGUGAAAGCGAUCCGCCAUCAGAGAGUAUAAAAGCUUCUCUCAAGAAGAUCGUGUUGACAAAGUCAAAGACAGCUCAUAAACCCAACUUCAGGUUUGACCUAAACAAGGAGGAUAAUUUGAACAAUAGAUUUAAGCCUAUUGAGGAUCUCAGAACCGAUGCAAUCUUCUCGGUGGAUGAUGAUGUAAUUGUUCCAUGUUCUACUCUGGAUUUUGCAUUUGCUGUAUGGCAAAGUGCUCCACUCACAAUGGUGGGAUUUGUUCCUCGCAUGCAUUGGCUGGAUGGGGAGAAAAUUGGCAUUACAUAUUAUCAAUAUGGUGGACGGUGGUCAGUUUGGUGGACGGGCACUUACAGUAUCGUUCUUUCAAAAGCAGCAUUCUUUCACAGGAAGUACUUGGAUUUGUACACUUAUAACAUGCCCUCAUCAAUCCGUGAUUAUGUAACCAGGGAGAGAAACUGUGAGGAUAUUGCAAUGUCUCUUCUUGUUGCAAAUGCUACUGAUGCCCCUCCAAUCUGGGUCAGAGGGAAGAUAUAUGAGAUUGGGAGUUCAGGCAUAAGCAGUUUAAAAGGGCACAACAACCGGAGAAAUAAAUGCCUCAACGAUUUCAUCUCCCUUUAUGGGACUAUGCCCCUUGUAUCAACCAAUGUAAAAGCUACGGAUGCAACACAUGGAUGGUUCUGGUGAUCACUUUAAAUGGUGCCAACGCUCUUCCAACUUUUGACGCAAUCAUGGUUUGUUCAGUAUAUUUCCUGUAUAUAUACUUUACUUGGAGCGAAACUAUAUUUAGAGUCUUAGGUUACAAAUAUUUGAUAUAACCUUACUCUUAAUCUGGUUAUCCUAUUUAUUUUAUUCAUUAAUCUAUCUGAAAAUUUUAGAUUUA